UCAGCAAAUCACCUGUAAUGGCUACAGGGACUCACAGUUUUCACUGUAUUCAGCAUAACUGCACUACUUGGACAUAACGUACUGCACACCCCCUGGACAGAUCGCAGCUCUGUUGAUAUUGAGCCCGGUUCAUUUUAUUCAGUUUCUAUUGCGCUCUUAUGGUCACGGUCCCCAUCCUCUCCGCCAGAGGGCGCUCCAACCUCCUCGCAUUAGUUCUCUUAAUGAGUGCCUGCGGUAUUACCUGGUGUGCCUUGUUUCAGCUUCACUAUUUAAGUAUACUCCCCCGCCCCCAACCUCCUGUUAAUGCUUCCCGACCCACUGAGCUCUGUAUUUCUUGGUCUCUGGUUGUCUCCCGAUGGAUGUCCCGGCUAUGGACUGCUUCAUGACUUCCCUUUGGACGUCCCUGGAUAUCUUUGCCUACGGAUUUUCCCUACUUCACCGGCUCUGGGGUGUCCCCUCCUGCUGCGCUCGUCAGUAUCACUUUGUGAGCCUGGAGAAGAACUGGACCGAAGCCCAGAGUUACUGCAGGGAGAACUACACUGACCUGGCUGUGAUUGACAGCCCAGAGGACAACGAGCAACUCCUCCAGACUGCGGGGAAUCCUCUUCAAUAUGCCGGCUGGAUAGGACUGUAUUGGGACCAGUGGAGCUGGAAGUGGUCCAUGGGGAACAUCCGUCUUGACAACCGGAAUGGAUCGGAUUUCACCAGCUGGGCUACAGGACAGCCAGAGAAUUAUGGAGGGAAAGAAAACUGUGGGAUCAUGGAAAGCAGGGGGCUGUGGCACGACUAUCCUUGCAGCUGCUCCUUUUAUUUCAUUUGCUAUCAAGGUGCGUUGCACGCGGCACAAUCUGAGUUUGGGCCCGUUCUGAGGGGAGUUGUGCACGGUCUCCCAUGGCUCGUCUGGCUCCUCGGUUUGUCUAGGGGGGCGAUUCGGAUGGCGGUCACCUUCUGGGUGGAGUUUGCAUGUUCUGUCCAGGUCCUCCCUGGCGCUGGCCUGGUGAACUGGUGUGUGUGUUCUGGAGCGCAGUCCAUCAAACGGCCACUUGCUAUCAUCGAGUUCCCCGACGGGUUUUCCCUUCACCUCCAUGAACUGCUUGACUUCAUCCCGCAGUUCGUAAAACACAAGGGCAGCGACGCUGCAGGGAGCUACUUCCUGAUAGAAACGAACAAGAACUUCACCGCAGCCCAGAGGUCCUGCCGGGAGCACCACACGGACCUGGCCAGCGUGAGGAACCGGAGCGAGAACGAGGAGAUCCGACUGACGGCGCGGGGUAACUACGUCUGGAUCGGCCUGUUCAUGGAGCCCUGGAAGUGGUCGAGCCCGAGCAACCCCGCUUUCCGCAACUGGGCAGACGGCGUCCCUGACAAUGCUGCUGGAAACGAGGACUGUGCUUCACUGUUGAUGGCGGGCAGCUCGGCAGGGUACUGGAACGGCACCGGCUGCGAUCAGAGGCUGCCCUUCUUCUGCUUCAGCGAGAAGAAGAGAGUGGUGAUGCGUGUGGGACUCCAAUUGGAGAAAGGGAAGAACCCUAAUGAACCUGGAGUGAGAGAAUCUCUCUUAAACCAGAUGAGGGGGCUGCUGUCCAAGCACACUGUGAUGGACAGAACCAGUUUGAAAUGGAAAGAGCAGAAGGAUGGGCUGGUUUUCCACCCUGAGAAAGACAAAGGGCAGUGUGACUGCAGAGGAGACAGUGCUCCAGUCUGACUGCAGUCUCCUCACUCUGGCUGUCUGGGAUUGCUCUGGGAUAACUGGAACACUGUUCUUUCAUCUAACACUAAGAGAACGCUUUUAUUUGGUGAUAGUUUGAAAUUUUGUUAGAUGUCUUAUUUAUAAUUUUUUUUAUAGAAAACAAAAUCUGUUAGACUGUGCUCCAGAUAACACGCAGGAAGAGAGAAGAAAAGAAACACUUUCACUUGUUCCUGUAAUGUCCAUCAGCCAUAGUCACUUUAUUCACCCACUUUUAACUUAGUCAAGCUGACUGAGCUUAUUUAGUCACAUUUUAGUUCUACAGUUUAAUGUUUGUAUGAAUAAUGCAUGCAGUAAUAGUAAAGUAAAAUAAAAUGUAUUUCUAAGAAAUCGUUUAACAGAUCAGAUUCUAGCACAAAAGGCACCAGUCUUUUGUUGCACAAUAAAAAGUGUAUUGAUAUCUGUGGUCAAAUAAUUGUGCAAUAAAGGGUUAAAUGCAAACAGAUUUAGAUUAAAUUGAAACCCAGAGAUCACCUGGAAGGUUACAUUUAAAACUAGACAAGUGAGGGGCUUUCAAUAAGAUUGUAAUCUACGAAAGGCUGAAUGCGAUACAGCAGGCUUGUAACUGUCACACACCUCUUUCACCUGUUUCACUUCCUUUCUCAG